AUGAAGUUACGGAAAUGCUUUCAAAAUUAUGGCUCUAUUUUCUGCUUUUUGCUAUUGCUGUGGCUUGCUAAUGGACGUAAAAUGUGCUUCAAAAAGUUUGAAAAUCGGUACUUCUCUGGUUCUACGAGAGCUUUACUGUCGAAUGCAACAGUUGCUGAAUGUUUGUCUCAAUGUUUGAUUGAGGAGAAAUUUCUAUUAGUAUUCACAGAACAUUUCGACUGUUGUCAACAUAUCAUUUUUGUUCAUUUAGGUAAAAGGAAGCGUGCAAGAGCGUUGGCUGCGCGUGAAAAUAACACAUGUUUUCACCGAAUACCUGGUAAAGUGCUGAUCGGAGUUGUCGACCAACUUAUCCAGGAAGUUGCAUCGGAACAAAAGUGUGAGAAAUUAUGCGAAAAACACAGAGGAAACAGCAACUUUGUUUGUAGAAGUGCUAUGUACUAUGCCGAAGAACAGGAAUGCAUCCUGGCCUCUCAAACCAAAAAUGAUAUGCCUGACCUAUUUAUAACAGAUUCUAAAGCUGUCUACAUGGAGAAUCUUUGCAUUGCAGAUGCUAAUUUUGUAGUGCUGACUACCAUCUCCAGCUCCGUAUGCUCAACCACCGCCCUCAGCUCCUUAUGCUCGGCCACCACCUCCAGCUCCAUAUACCCUGCCACCACCUAUACUACCACCACCUAUACCACCACCACCUAUACCACCACCACCUGUACUACCACCACCUAUACUACCACCUCAAGGUCCCUGUUGCAGUACAGCACAGUCCCGACGUCUCUGUCCAGCACCUCUUCAACCUUCUUAUAG